AUUCCGAGUUCUGGAAAAUUGUACACGAAUAGAGAUUGACACGCUUUCUUCUAUUUUUAUAAAAACUGUAGAAACAUUUAACUUAUUUUAUAACUUAAUUGCUGUUCCCAGUGUUUUUAGUGACCUGGUUAGAGAAAAACCGCAAAAAUGAGUACAAUACUGGAGAAAAUUGCGGCUAUUGAGUCCGAGAUGGCUCGGACGCAAAAAAAUAAGGCCACUGCACUUCAUUUAGGUAUACUUAAGGCUCGUUUAGCUAAAUUGAGGCGAGAACUGAUCACUCCCAAAGGUGGCGGCGGUGCAACCGGCGAAGGUUUCGACGUCGCUAAAACUGGUGACGCCCGUAUCGGCUUUGUAGGAUUUCCAUCAGUAGGGAAAUCAACAUUGCUAUCUAAUUUAGCCGGUGUGUACUCUGAAGUGGCUGCGUAUGAGUUCACCACACUUACAACUGUGCCCGGCUGUAUUAAAUAUAAAGGUGCUAAGAUUCAGCUCCUGGAUUUGCCUGGUAUUAUCGAAGGUGCAAAAGACGGUAAAGGUAGAGGUCGUCAAGUCAUCGCCGUCGCUAGGACCUGCAGUCUCAUAUUCAUAGUCCUAGACGUGUUGAAACCACUGCAGCAUAAGAAACUGAUUGAACACGAGUUGGAAGGCUUCGGACUCAGGUUAAACAAGCAACCACCUAACAUACACUUUAGGAAAAAAGAUAAGGGUGGAAUUAAUUUGAAUACUACUUGCCCACAAAGCGAGUUGGACAUAGAAACGGUAAAGACGAUUCUCUCUGAGUACAAAAUCCACAACGCUGACAUUACACUGCGGUAUGAUGCUAACAGUGACGACCUCAUUGACGUUAUUGAAGGGAACAGGGUGUAUAUGCCUUGUAUUUAUCUGCUUAAUAAGAUUGAUCAAAUCAGCAUAGAAGAAUUAGACGUUAUUUACAAGAUACCCCACUGCGUGCCCAUCUCGGCUCAUCACAAAUGGAACUUUGAUGACUUAUUGGAAAAGAUGUGGGAGUACUUGAAACUCAUCAGGAUAUACACGAAGCCUAAAGGACAACUGCCCGAUUAUAAUUCACCUGUAGUACUGCACGCUGACCGGACGAGUGUCGAAGACUUUUGUAAUAAGCUGCAUAGGUCCAUCGUCAAGGAAUUUAAAUAUGCUCUCGUGUGGGGAUCGUCAGUGAAGCAUCAGCCGCAGAAAGUGGGCAUAGACCACGUGCUAAGCGACGAGGACGUCGUGCAAAUCGUAAAGAAAGUGUAAACCUAACCAAUGUAUACUGAAGAAUAUAUACAAAUAUAUAUUUUUGCGAAACGAGAGUGAAAUAAACGUUAAAUAUUUUGAGUAUCUUAAGAAUAAAUUAACUAUCUGUAUAUGUAUUUAUUCAGCUUGUAAAUAUGACCUUGGUUGGUAAUGAUACCCGGAAAAUGUGUUACUUUUAAAAACAUAAUACUUUGAUUUAUAUUGUUUAAUGGAAAAUAUUUAAGGUUUUAGGACAAAACAGCUGCUAACUAAUUUUAAGCCGGACUAUUUUUAACGGAAAAUGAUGUCAUUUUCGAACUCACUUCUAUGGAAAUGAAAUUCAUACAAGAAAUAUGAUAUCUAUGAUAUUCUAAAACCUUUUUUCUAUACUGUCUAUUCUUUGGAUACUCGAAAUUUUGUUAUUGUUGGAAAAGAAAAUUAUAUUGUAAGGAAAUACGUUUGUAUUGAGUUUUGAAACAUUUUUCUCAAUUCAUUUGCAUUUACGUAAAAUAAGUUAACAGUAAUGCCCUAAAUUGAUGUAACAAUCAUAAUAAAUCAGAGUUUUAGUUAUUUAUGAACUAAAAUGUAUUUUUUUCUUUUUAUACUGACUUGUAAUUUGAAGAGAAGUUCCCUUACCUAAGUCAACGAUUGGUAUUCGGUUCAGUCUAUGGUUAGUUUUAAAAGGGACAAAGAAGAAAUACUUAUUAUCUUGAAAGUAGAAUUGAGCGGCGCUAUGUUGUUUUAUAGCAAAAUAAAAUAGAUGGCAAGCUAAAUUAAAAUAUUUUUAAUACUUAGCUUAUAGAAAAACAUCAAUUCAAAUAGAAAUAGUCAGAAUUGUUCCUACGGUCCUACCUAUGGCUAAUCCGACCAGUCUAGAUUUAUGGUAAUUAUUUUUCAAUAACCUGGGAUGUUAACUUGUGUUGUACAGAAUGCUCAUUAUAAAUAUAUAAAAACCAAAA